AUGCGAAGGGAACUAAAUCGCUUGCUGUGCUCCAAACCUUCUAGUCGCCUCUCCCUCCAAUCCACAGUCGCCUCUCCCUCCAAUCCACAGUCGCCUCUCCCUCCAAUCCACAGUCGCCUCUCCCUCCAAUCCCGCCAUCGCCUCUCCCUCCUUCCCAGCCGCCGUCGCCGCUUCUUCCCAUCCCACCGUCGCCUCUCCCUCUUCCCCGCCGUCGCCUCUCCUCCUCCCCGCCGUCGCCUCUCCUCCUCCUCGCCGUCGCCUCUCCCUCCUCCCCGCCGACGCCUCUCCCUCCUCCCCGCCGUCGCCUCUCCUCCUCCCCGCUGUCGCCUCUCCCUCCUCCCCGCCAUCGCCGCUUCUUCCCAUCCCGCCGUCGCCUCUCCCUCCUCCCCGCCGUCGCCUCUCCCUCUUCCCCGCCGUCGCCUCUCCCUCUUCCCCGCCGUCGCCUCUUCCUCCUCCCCGCCGACUCGCGAGAGCGGGUUGGUGCGCCAGCGCGGGUUGGUGCACUUGCGCGGGUUGGUGCACCAGCGCGGGUUGGUGCACCAGCGCGUGUUGUUUUCUGAGACAACGUAA